UCUUUCUGUUCGCUCUUUCUUUCCUUCGAUCAUCUUCCGGCUGGUCUGUACUCCAAACAAAUGAUCACUUGCUUCACGCUCGCGCCCCUCAAAGGGUCGUCGCGUUUUCCGACUUAUACGUGUUUGCACACAAUGGUAUUUCACACGGAGCAUCGCUGGCUCAGUACCGCACACCCUCAGCGUCCUUUACGCGCUGUCCCUCUUGACACCCUUCCCUUUCCAUGAAAUUCCUGCUCACAUGUACUAUCGUCUUUUCCGGGUCGUUUCAACCAGUAACUUUGCGUGCGAUAUGUGUGAGAUCGUGUGCAGUGCCUUUCCACGCACAACACAAAGCUGUUACAAACAAGUAUGAUUUAAAAGCACAUAAAAUCUCUUCCAUCCCCUGUCAUUUUCCCUCUUCGUACACUUUUGCUGGAAGUGCUCGCGACUUCCGCUGGUAGCCAACCAUCUCAAUCCCUUCGAUCUACCUGUCAGUCUACAUCUCGUGCUGAGAAAUCUCAGUCUCUCGGCUUUAAUCCAAAAAAUCGAUACUUGUGGACAUGGCGCGGCACGCCCUUUAAUUUUAAACGCUCCUCGAUAAGUCACGCCGGGCCCGGGAUCAACCAUUUGCUCCUCGGCAAAGUAGCCAUCGGGGGCGCCCAUCUCGACCGCAGCGAGUGCGACAUGGCCUCUGGAGCGGGCCUGGGAACCCCAUCCUCUGUGCCCCCACGCCUCCAUGCAAACCCACCUCCUGCACGCUGUCUGCCUCCCUCUCUCCACAAAUUACUUCCACCCCACCAUCCGUCAUUCUCCCGCUUCUCUCUCGCCUCACAACCGCCUGUUCCAUCAGUCCAGGCUGCACUGAAAAAAGGCCAUCGAAUCCUCUUGCGGUUUCACCAACGAGAUGGUGAUGUGCAGAUUCUGCGCCUCCUGGCCAAGGCCCCCGAUCCCCACCUUGGGCAGGGCCCGCCUCGUCAAUCGCAGCAUUUUCGAGUCCUCCUUCUCCUCUUCCCCCCCGCUCGGCUGGUUAAGCAUGCGGGCAACGGCCGCAAAGGUGUCCUGCAGCUCUUCCGGAGCCACCAGGUUGAAGAACGUCAAGCGCCCCAGUUCCGCCUUGGUGUAUCCUGUGGCCAUCUCAAAGCGCACAUUCGCGUCGAUGAAUCGCCCCUCCACCGACGCCACGGCCAAGGGGGUGCUUACCUGCUUGAAAAGGGAGUGGUAGCCCACGCCCCGCGCCACCUCCCGGUCCUCCCGCACCGAGGUCGCCGUCGCCACGGACAGAUCGCUCUCGCUCCGGCCGUUCCUCUGGCCCGCGGCCUCCACGCUUGUGCCCACGCCCACGUCCAUCCCUUCCUUCACUCCCUCCC